GAGGGCGGCCAGGGCCUCGAGGAGGCCCUCCUGGAGUGCGUCUCGAACGUGGGCGCCAAGCUCUCGUUCCAGAUCGGGUGGUAUCACCACCUGACGAAGGACAGGGCCGUGCAUGGCCCGUCCUUGGCGCGCGACCCUGCGCUGGUCGGCCCGCGGCGGGGGUCGGGUACGUCGCCGGGGUAA